AACAUUCUGUCUAUAGUCUAAUAUACCUGUUGGGCAAAUUCUGUUAAUUCUUUGUCAGUCUUUAAUUAGAAAAAUAAUACUGUAGCACUGUAUUAAAUUUAUUUUUCUCAUCUUAAGUAUGUAAGGCAGAAAACCCCUUUAACCUUGAAUUCCAACAUGAGAACAGAAUAGUUAUACUCUUGCAAAUAUUGUUGCUUUGCCUUGCAAACAUUUGUGCAAAAGGAUAACUUUAAUUUUUUAGCUCAUCUGGAUGGACGUUAUUUUAUGCAAGAUCUUGAAAUAGUUGUUAAUCAUGCUUAUAAUUUGAAGUGCACAAUGCAGACUGUCUGGAACAUGCUUAUUUUUGAGGAGCUUAUGUUAUUUGAAUUUCCUCUGUAAUUAAAAGUUUAUGUUUUUGUUUGAUUAUAGUUGCAGAGAAAAAACAUGAUAUGGUGUAAAUUCAAAAAGUCCUACAGAAAGUUGCAAGGUUCUGCUUGAAACCUCUGUUGUAGAGGUGGUUUUGACCCAUUUUUUGCUCUGACAAAUAAAAGUGUUUAGGAAAAAGCAUUAACAUUUGCAAAGAGAAAUGAGCAUAUAUUUGGCAGCAAACAGCUGGAAGCUGUAUUAACUCCCUCAACAGAACAUGAACUGUAAAACCAGUACUGGACUGACCAGUGCAUUUUAACAUCAGUGGAGCCUUUCUAUUGAUUUUACCAUUAAUUUCAGAAUAAUUCUCCUGCAGUUGGCCUUGGCCCAUCGAUCCAGCCUGUACAAAUCCAUCUUCAGAACCUUCCUACCCUGUAGCAGAUCAGCACUCCCACCCAACUUGGUGUUGUCUGCAAACUGACUGAGGGUGCCCUCAAUCCCUCAUCUAGAUCAUCAAUAAAAACAUUAAACAGGACUGGCCACAGUGCUGAGCCUUGGGGAGCAGCACUUGUGACUGUCCACUGAGCGGAUCUAACUCCAUUCAUCACCAGUAUUUGGUAGGUCCUAACAGUGGCAGUGCCAUUGAAUCACACUGAGAAAGCUCUUGUAUAAAUAGUUAAAAUUUGUUUGUAAUUCUAGUGAAUUGGAUACCUGACUAAUAUUUAGGACAUGGCUGUCCACAAAAUAAGUGUCUACCUGUAUCAAUUGAAUAUUAAUGUCCUUCAAAUCAGUUUCAAAAAUGGCAUUUGAAUGCAUAGAAAUUGAAAGUUUUGGAGGAUACAAUGUAUGGAAAGAGAGCUGAGGCAAAAUGGAAAAUUAUUUUCAGUACUUCAGAUAUCUGAGUUCUCUUGCUAGGGCAAAGCCAAGUGAAGCCAACAUCAUUACAAUAGUAUAGCUUUUGUAAAAAUGUAUCAUAAUUGAAAUCACAAAAAAAUCCUUAAUGUUAGUUGUCUUUAAUUGCUAAUUUUGAUAAUUAUAAAUGCUUUAUUUAUUGUUACUGAAUUUAAAACCAAUGAUUUUUUUACCACUUUUGUCCAUACCAUUUAUAAUUGUAAUGCAUUUGAAAAGGAAUUAAUUUAAAACUUUUCUCCAAUAAUUGUUGUAUUGCUUCACCUGUUUAUGUAGCUUAUAUAUGAUAUUACAAUGGUACUGGACAAGUAUGAAGAAUGAAAGUGUUCUCUGUAUCAGACAAUAGAGAAUACUUGGGAAAGCUGACUGAAAAGAUCAGAGGCAGAGUAAAGAUACUACAGUUCUAGGAAAAGUCAUUGCAUUUUAUCAGAAAAAGAAAACUGUUCAGAUAAAGGGUCAGACCUGCCAAUUUCUAAUAGAACUGAUUAAAUUCUUUACAAGCACAGGUGAUCAUCUUUGCUUGAAUUUCAGAGAGUUACUCACAAGGUGGUUUUGGGAUCUGCUGGUAAAAAGGCCUCUGCUUUGCAGCAUAGAUACUUCCAGGAUAAUGAGAACAAAUGACUGCGAAGUGUCAGUGCCUCUUCAGAGGAGAAGAGACUGUGAGGUGAAAUUCUAACCUUCUCCAUUCACUUUGAUAAGUGGCUGAAGUGAUAAGCUUAUCAAGUCUCUUAAAUUAUAGUUUAGAAGUUGAGCUCAGGAGGAAUUCACAGUCCUGAAACCCUCCUGAAAGGCUGGUGAGAAAUGCUGUGUUAGAUUCAGUUCUGUCCUGGACAAAGACUCUCCCUCCCAGGUAAAGGGGAUUGGCCCAUAAGAUCUGUAUUGCUGCUUCUGCACUAGAAGAGAUAUCAGGCCCAUCAACACCUACUGUUUUCCUCACAGGACUCUUGUGAGCAAGAGUUUUGGAACAUGGAGCAAAAUUUGCCUUCAACCCACUUCCAACACCACUGGCAAUCCAUUCCCAGAUGGAAAAAUGCUAGCUUUUUUCCCACAGGCACAAGUGAGAAAUAGGGUAAUUUGCAAGGAAACACAUGCAUUUUGCCUUCCCACUCCAAGAGGAAAAUCCAUGCUUUUUCCAGGAUGUAAAUCUCCCUAUUUAUGUCUCAAAGGAAGAAGAACUCGGAGAAAUUGUUUCCCCUACCUACUUCCCCUAAAAAGAUGUUCCAAUGAACAAAAUAUUAGUUGCCUUCUUAGAUAAUAAUUUAUUUUAAACAGUGAUAAAGCAGGAUUAUAAAUUAAAUAUGUCAGGGUAGCACAAAGUUGCUGACUCCAAUUUGGCAUAUAGAAAAUAAUUUUUCAAUAGGAAAUUAUACUAAUAGUAAAUGAGAUUAAAAACAAAAAAAUCAUCCAAAUCUUGGAUUCUUUUAAGCAUUACUGAUUUUUUAAAGAGCCUAAAUUUGAAUAAGUGUAUUCUCUGAGCUGAGAGAAGAAGUUAUUUAAUAUGCUGCUGUUGUAUCAUGUUAACUCCCAAACUUAUUGCUUAAGGAUCAAAUUUGCAUGCAAAAUGGAUGGGACUUACUUUUGUCACCUGUGUAUGCACAGUUCUGAUGGCUUAUCUUGUACUGUCAGUUGUCCUUGUUACAAAAGUCAUCCCCUAUAGUCUGACGUACAGGACUUACCUUCAUCAUUUGCACAUCUUUUGGAAUCCAAAUUUUUGACAUUAAGGAAAAGUGGGUUUAAGUUCCUGCUCACAGUUAAAAGAACCACUGUCACCUAAUUUUAAUUAAAUGAACAAAAGUAAUAUUCUUAAAAUAUCUUUGCAAUAGGUAUAUUUUUUUCUUAUUGUUUAGCAAAAAAAAAACCAAAAAACAAAAAAAAAACCCCACAAAACCUUUAAGAGUGCAAAAAAAAAAGGAGAAAAUAUAAACAGAUACAUUUGCGAGGUAAAUUUACCAAGGGAGCAAAUUAAAAUCCCACUCAAUAGGUUCUCUUCAUUGCUUUUUUUCAAAGCUUUGUUCACUUCAGUUGUUCCUAAGCUGUGGUUUGUGAACAAAUACUAAAAAAGGAAGUCAGUUUGUUUUCGGUUAAGAGUUUGUUUGUAAGUAAUAUGGUAAUCUGAAAGAAAAAAAACAACUAGUUUUGUUUCAACAAGUUUUAAGAUUGUUUUUAUAAGGUAGAAUACGGAAAGUAUGCCCACCAACUGUGCAUCUCACCUGUGUGUGCUGGAAGCAUAAAACAGUGAAGAAAAUCCAAAGCUCACUAUGUGAUGACGAGGCCCACAGUGAUUAAAGCAUGUACAGAAAUUGGAUGGAGGUCUUGUGGUUUGUGUUGCCAUGGUGUUGGGGAGGAACAGGAAGCAGGGUAGAAACCACAUGUUCUCGUUCUUCUGCUUGUUGCCCAGAAAUAUUUUGUACAAACACAGUACACAGUUUUGGUCACGGCAGUAUAAGAUAUUAAGCUAUUAGAGAGUGUCCAGAGGAGGGCAAUGAAGAUGGUGAAGGGCUCUGAGGGGAAGCCCUAUGAGGAGAGUCUGAGGUCACCUGGUCUGUUCAGCCUGGAGAAGAGGAGAUUGUGGGGAGACCUCAUUGCAAUUACAACUUCCUCGUGAGGGGAAGAGGAGGGGCAGGCACUGAUCUCUUCUCUGUGGUGACCAGUGACAGGACCCAAGGGAAUGGCCUGAAGUUGUGUCAGGGGAGGUUUAGGUUGGAUAUUAGAAAAAGGUUCUUUACCCACAGGGUGGUUGGGUACUGAACAGGCUCCCAGGGGAAGGAAGUGGUCAUAGUACCAAACCUGACAGAGUUCAGGAAUUGUUUAGACAAUAGUCACAUGGUGUGACUCUUGGGGAACAAACACGAGCUUGUUAAAGGGAAGAGGUAGGAUUUCUAAUGUAUCUCCGAGGUGGAAAAAGAGGAAAAAGUGCAGUUAGAGAGAUGAAUUUUGUUUUAUCAACAUGGAAAAGAAAAGAAACAUGUAGAUAUUUGUUGUAUUGCUUCCCUCAAAAUUAUUAGUUUUGUCGCAGAAAUUUGAUUUCAGAUUGAACUGAUGAACAAAUUGCCUUAUACGAGACAACCGUACUGUAACAGUAUGCUUUGGGCUAGGGUAAGUGGAUUUAAUUGAUCCAGUUAUGUGUGCUCAGAUUCAGAAGUGCAUGUCUUCUGACAUCUCUUUGUGAAUUCUCGUACAAUUUUCAUUGUGGUUCCUUAUUUUUCCCUUAUCACAACCUGUUUUAAAAAACCUUAGAAUUUCUUUUGUGUAUGAUCUCUAACAUCCUAUUCUGAUGAUGACGUGCCCAGUGCCAAACAUGUGUCAAGACUGCUGCUGCCUAAUGUAGUCACGGGGUGUAGAAAUAGCUCAGUGUUAGGCAGGCGCAAAAAUGUGUGCCAGAGGAAUUUGCUUCCUGGCAUGAAGGAAUUCUCUGUGACUGUUUUGAUCUUGCAUGAGUCUUGUGAAAUACUGAAGUCGUGUCAGUUUCUGAAGUGAUUAUAGUUUGCCCCUGAUUUUAGAUAUUUUUGAUUUCUGGGAUAGCAUCCUCCAUGCAAUAGAUAGGUUAACAAUUCCAUAUUUCAGUGGAUACACUCUGAACAUGCCAUUUUCUCUCUCUCUUGCUUCUUGCUGGAAUCUGCAACGGGUGGAUUUGUUGCAGAUUUCAAACCUGUCAACACCCAAAUGUGUGACACCAGCUCUCAAUACAUGAGAAAGAACUAAGCUGAGGGACAUGAUAAUAUGUAACAGGGGAAGAUGAUGGAAGUUCUGCAGAAUACAUUCCGUGCAGUAGAGAAAACUUUAUAUAAACUCCAUUUUGAGUGCACAACUCUCUUAUCAGCCUGUGUAGGACAGGAGUUUGGACUUCAUGACUCUCCCUGGCAUUAGAGGAAACAGCCUAUGCUUUUACUGCAGAGAGUUUUAUGAGCUGCUUAAAUCACAAACCUGAGAGUAUUAAAAAUGUGUAACUCCCAAGUUCAAGUGAAGGAAGUUCAUGUUUUGAAAAUUCCCCCUGCUGUUAGAGAGCUGCGUCACCCAGCCGCCUGGCUGAAUCUGGAUAACAGCAACCCAACCGGGAAGUGCAGCUGUGCACACGCUCGGACUUUCUUUUGUGGCUGGCCAGUUCCGUGUGCACUUGCCUGGAGCCAUGGCACAGCUCUGCUCUGCUGCUCCAGCCCGGCUGCUGUUCACCCUUGCUGUGCUGUUCAAAAUGUCUCUGUCAGUGGACCAUGUGCCGAUGCUGCUUUGGUCAACUCAGAGAUCACAGUGGAAUCCAGACACUGCUAUGCACGAAGGACACAUUGUCUCAGCACAGGAGCUGAGAGUACUCUUGCAACCUCUUUUUACCCAGAACUCCAGAAACCUCGUCUUGUUCCUGCAAGAUAGGCUUAGCAUAGAUGAUUUCACAUACCUCACUGAAUCCUAUGGCAACAAGAAUCCAUUUCAAAAUGUUCAGGAAAUUCUUCAGUCUUCUCCUUCAUCUUUAGUUUUGCCAGCUGUUGACUGUGAGGCUACAAGGUAUCUUCUGAGCUUUCUUCAGGAGUCAGGAGAUUGGAAGUUAACAAACGUAACUAAUCUCAAUGUGUCUCAGCUGGAAGUGAAUGCAUCCGAAGGAAACUUACUGGUGGUUCAACUACAACCACUUGUCAGUGGUUUAAAAGAGAUUUCCACCCUAGAAGCAAUUGCUGAAAAUGACAAAAUAAUUGGAAGAGUGACCAUGGAUCUGCAGAAACGAGGGAUUAAUUUUUCAGUGAUUUAUACUGCAGUGAGACCUUCAAGGAUUUCUAGAAGAAACAAUGUGGUGGCAGAAUUGAGACGUCAGUUAAUGGCCACUGAGGAAGAAGAUGGUUUAUCAUAUCCUCCUCUGAAUAUGACCACUGGAAAUCGUACAUGCAUCCUUUUUUAUGCUAGUAAUUUCAGCCUCAAAGCCAACAGUUCAGUUUUUAUAGAUUUGACAAAUGCAACAUUUGUAACACAGAAUGUGGAUAUUUCUGACUCUGAGUGCUCAGACAGCAACACAACACUGUCGUUACAAUACACAAAUCCAGUGAGUGGAAUCAGCAGCCUUGAGAUAAGGUUUUUAAUGACCAACAAGUUCUAUGAAGGUUCAGCUAGACAAUGGUUCACUUUAGAUUCAGUUGAGAUCAUACAAGACGACGAAAAGUUUGCUAAAUUUAAUGUUUCUGACAUCUCUGCUCCUGCAGAGUAUUCAUUUCAUUGUCAGCUGGUGGGAACAAGCAAUCUCUAUCCUGCAAGGCUUGUUCCAGCCAACAAUGAGGCAAAAAAUUGGGAUAUUUUCAUUUCCAGGUUGCAGAUUCAAGGCUUCAACAUUGAAAACAACCAAUUUUCCUAUGCAAGUGACUGUACAGGCUUCUUCACUCCUGGAGUCUGGAUGGGCCUGGUAACAUCUGUAAUUUUACUGUGGAUCCUGACUUACGGAAUCCAUAUGAUCAUGCAGCUCACAACAAACAGCAGAUUUGAUGAUCCCAAAGGUCCAGCUCUGUCAGUUCCUCAGACAGAAUAACCCUGGACUGACUCAAUGGUGCUGUGUCUUUUCUUAGUCUGAUGUUUAUGAUUUUUAUAACCUUUCUACUUCAUAAUAUGUGUAACCUAAAAAGAUAACAUAGCAGAAAGAGAUAAUUAAACUACAUAUAAAAAUGAUUCCUAUGCCUGGAAACAAUAAUAAAUGUACUUUUUAUUGCCAUCAUUUGCUAACAGCUAUCUGUGUUAAGGUUUUUGUGAGGUUGUAGAGGUUAUUUUUCUCUCUGGCUAUUAGAAAGACCAUUAAAAAUUGCCUUCAGAUUAACUAUUAUUGGCAAAGAAAGGAUAUCAUGACAGAGAUAAUUGUGAAGGAUAAAUAACUUAUUUGAUGGGAAACUAUAUAUUGAAAAUACUGGUCUCUCUAAAGGCUCUUCAGUGAGUAUGUCAUGAUGAUGCUACAUCUUUAAAAGGUUGAACUAUGUCUUGUAAUUUUUUCUCUUGAGUAAACCAUCCAGAAAUGUACAGAACUAAUAAAGCUAUUAAGUCACUAA